AUGUUCUCUGUACUCUCCUUAGUCGGCCUCUUGGCACUUUGUACCCCAGCUGUCAUUGCAAUCCCUUCCCACGUUGUUGCCCCUGAACAUGUUGGCACAAACCAACAAACGGUUGUCCGCCAAGCUGCCCCAGUAGUAGCCACAAAACCUGCAACUGUGAACGGUAUCACCGUUCAACUCAAUACAACUGCAGCUGGAGCAGCAAUUUCUGAUAUCACCACGCCCAGUGCUAAAAAUGCGUCAUCUCACACUGUCUCUUCUACAGUCUUGGUCUUGGUUCGCGAUUCUGUAUCGGGUUAUUCUGCAUACUCUGGACUCAAUGCAUACGCGAUUCCGUACCAACUUGUUGCGGUGCCUCAAUCUAGUGUAACACUUCCUGCUCUCAACAGUACUGCUACCCAUGGCAACUUUGGAGCUAUCGUUGUACUCUCGGAAGUUAGUUACGAUUAUGGAGGAACGCUCGGAUUUCAAAGCGCCCUCAAUACGUCUCAAUGGGACGCCCUCUACCAGUAUCAAGUAUCCUUCGGUGUUCGAAUGGUGAGAUUGGAUGUUUAUCCAUCAAUAAGUUCUGGCACCACAUCCCUCGGAGGGUGCUGUGAUAGCGGUGUGGAGCAAUAUGUGAUUAUCACGGAUAGCGAUGCUUUCCCGACCGCUGGGCUCAAAACUGGAGAAGGUGUCAGCACUCUAGGUCUAUGGCAUUAUCCAGCAACAAUCACCAAUACUACCAUAGCCACUGAAUUUGCUCAAUUCGCGCCAAUAGACGGUUUCGAUGACAGUUCCACUGCCGCAGUAAUUAACAAAAUUGAUGGCAGACAACAGAUGGUAUUUUUCACCAGUUUCGCAACGGACUGGAGCCCAACAUCCAACUUCCUUCAACACGCAUGGAUUCACUGGGCGACAAGAGGUUUAUACACCGGCUAUCGUCGCUGCACUUUGAAUACACAGGUUGAUGAUAUGUUCCUUGAGUCAGACAUCUACAGUCCCAAUGGCACCACAUACCAGAUCACCCCAGCCGAUCUGGCUCAACAUGUCACGUGGAUGGAAGACAUCAAUUCGAGAAUGCCCGAUGGGAGUGAUUGGUUCCUUGACAUUGGCCACAAUGGCAAUGGUAAUAUCGAAGACGCAGAGGACACUGACAACGACAACCUGUGUAACCCUGGAUCCAUUGAAUAUGGCGACCAAAUCGACACACCACUGGAAUUUGCCAAACCUCUUGGUACGGGCACCAAUCUAUGGCCAUCUACAGCAGAGAAAUACCCGUUCAAUGCCUCCUGCACUAACUUGGAUGCACUGAAAUUAUGGUGGUCGGAUUCAGAUAAUUUAAACGCGUUUGCCCAUGUCUCGCAUACAUUUACACACGAAGACCAGGACAAUGCAACCUACUUCGACUGCUCUCGCGAAAUUUCUUGGAACCAAGCUUGGCUCACGCAAGUUGGUAUCGCAGCAGCCGACAGAUUCAGUCCUAAAGGCAUCAUUCCACCAGCGAUCACUGGUCUCCAUAAUGGCGAUGCUCUCAAAGCUUGGCUCGAUAAUGGUAUUUCGAAUGUUGUUGGUGACAAUACACGACCUGUUCUGAUGAACUCGAUUAAUGAGAUGUGGCCUCUCAUGUCCACGGUUGCAGAGAAUGGAUAUGCUGGAGUGCAAAUAAGCCCUCGUUGGGCAACAAACAUCUACUAUAAUUGUCAACUACCUCCUUGCACUGUAUUGGAAUGGAUCAACACCUCUGCUGGAGACGGUGAUUGGUACACGCUUUUGGGAAUUGAGAAGCAAACUAACACCCGUCAUCUGCUUGGCCUUCAUCACGAUGCCUUCAUGUUUCAUCAAGCAAAUUUGAACUACCUCACAGCUCCAGACACCACGAUCAACGGAGUAACAGAUCAGUACUCUUUACUCCAAGCCUGGAUGGAGACCGUUGUUCAAGAAAUGAUUAGACUUGUUGAUUGGCCCAUUGUCUCGCAAAAACACGACGAUAUGGCAACCGGUUUUGCUACUCGCAUGGCCAGAGACGCAUGUGCGCCUCAACUCACAUGGAAAACAAACCCUACCAAGCAGACAAUAACAGGCGUCACUUUGACUACUACAGGCAAUACCUGUGCAGCAGAGAUUCCUAUCACAGUCCCAGGAAAUGUCACCAGUACUAAAGGAUUCACAACUGAGCAACUUGGUUCUGAUCCCUUGACUAUUUGGGUCAAAAUGGCUGGGUCUCCAGUCGGCUUCACAUUAACUGAGGCUAUUCCCUUGUAA